AUGAAUCUGAUACUGAGGUCCGUGGAGGGAACAGGCAACGAAGUGGGGGACUGUCGGAGAACGCAGCUGAAUCCGGGACAGAUCGAAGAGGUGGGCAGGGAAACGGCAGGCGGGAUUCAAUCCCAGGCAAACGCGGGAACCAUGCAUUCCGGAAAUCCGGAGCCAACUCCACGAGAGACGGAAAAGCCUUUGGGGGAAAAUGGGGACAAUUCCAGGGUUUGCGCAGGCGCGCUAGAGGAGACGGUGUCGGCGCCGUUGUCGACGCGCAGGCGCGGAAGCGCCGGCACCGACGCAUGCGCUGCCGCACCACCCUCCCCGGCCGCCAUUUUCCCGCCGAGAGGAAGGAGGGCGACGUGCCGCAUCGUCGCCGGUAGCGGCCGGGCCACUCCGCGGCGGCCUCUCAAACACCGGCAGCGGCAUCGCGAAGUGGCAAUCGGGCAGGCGAUGGAAGGCGAGGGGCAGCGGCGGGCGCCGGAGGACCCACCUGGACCCUCGGGCGAAAGGGCGGACCCCAGUUUCCAGUGCUCGGAGUGUGGCAAGCUGUUUCGCUGGGCGUGCGUGCUGGAGACGCACCGGAGAUACCACAGCGGCGAGCGGCCCUUCGAGUGCCCGGUCUGCGGCAAGGGCUUCGCCACCUCUGGCAACUUGGCGGACCACCAGCGGGCGCACAGCGGCGAGCGGCCCUUCCGGUGCGGGCUGUGCGGCAAGUGCUUCAUCUCGUCCAGCAACCUCAUCGCGCACCGCCGCACCCACACCGGCGAGCGGCCCUACAAGUGCACCGUCUGCGGCAAGGGCUUUGCCGCGUCGCCGAACCUGGCCGUGCACCAGCGCACCCACACCGGCGAGCGGCCCUACCGCUGCGCCGACUGCGGCAAGGCCUUCGCCGAGUCCGGCAAGCUGUCGCGGCACCGGCGCACCCAUGGCGGCCGGAGGCCCUUUGCCUGCCCGGUGUGCGGCCGCGGCUUCCUGGAGCAGGGCCGGCUGGCGCAGCACGAGCUACUGCACGCCGGCCACCGCCCCUUCGGCUGCGGCGCCUGCGGCAAGGGCUUCGCCAGCGCCGGCGGCCUCCUGGCGCACCAGCGCACCCACACCGGCGAGCGGCCCUUCCGCUGCCCCUCCUGCGGCAAAGGCUUCGUCACCGCCAGCAACCUGAGCGCCCACCGGCGCACCCACACCGGCGAGCGGCCCUUCCGCUGCGCCUCCUGCGGCCGGGCCUUCCUGGAGCCCAGCAAGCUGGCCCGUCACCGGCGCACCCACACCGGCGAGCGGCCCUUCCUGUGCUCCGCCUGCGGCAAAGCCUUCACCCGUGCCGGCUCGCUGCGCAGCCACCAGCGGUUGCACGGCGCCGCGGCGGUGACCCUCUGAGCGUGCCGCGACGCGGUGCCCCCCUAUUCGCGGAGACGAACCAGCGCAGAGACAAGACCCUUCGGUCCAACCGGUCCCUGGCAGCCCAAC